UGUUUGUUGGACAGACCAAAUACGGGCGGUAGAUCAUGGGUCUGCACAACUGGGUGCUGUUCUACCUGCAGGAAAAACUCAGACAGGUGGACUAUAAAGGCUAAAAAACCAGGGACAACAAAGACACACCUGACGAGGACGACCACGUCCUCAACCUGCAGUUCAGUUGGAAAGGUUUGGUGAAGCCCGUCGGCAGCUCCUUCAUCGACACCAGCCCCGAGUUCCAGGUCGCUCUCUUCACCAUCGUCUUCCUCACGUCCACCGAGAAGACGACGACCGUGGUGGUGAAGGUGGACGAGUACGUGCUGGAGGUGGUCGUCUGUCGACACGGCCGGUCCAUCAGGACG